CUUCCCAGCAGUAGCAAAAAUUAAGCAAGAUCAAUAAACGGUGUUUUCACCAGCUGUCCCUAUUUCUUUGGACAUAUUUGUGAAUUUUCUUCUUCAGUUCCCCCUUCCCCAUUUCGGAGAUUUAUCCUAGUUUAAAAAAAAAAAAUCAUUCCUAAUUAUAAAAUCCACCUGUGUGUUUUAUUUAUCACGUGAGAGUUCAGGCUGGUCAUUCCCUAACCGUGCUUAUUUGCUAAGGUGCGCACCUUUGCGUGAGCAGGGAGCAUGGGAGCGGCGUUAGCAAGAGCGGCUCAGUGGACCUCUGCUGGGUCUGGACACGGCACGCUUGAAAUCACCCCUUUGAAUGAAUCUCUUCUAAAUGAAACGAUUAAGUUUGCGGAGAACUUCAGCACGAGACAUCCCCAGGAAGCGGCGUUCGUCUUCAAAGAGCCCCUUGAGUGGAAAACGCAGCUGGACUGCUCGGUGUUCGGAGUGGGUUAUGAGAUUGAUGGAACAACUGUUCAGUCUGAAGCCAAAGGUAGAGAUGGACAACCAUUGCUGCUCCUCACGGGAUCAACUCUCAAAGUUCGCAGCUUUGACCAGCUGUCCCAUUUACUGUCUAUUGCUGUGGAAAAAAAGUUAAAGGAAACACAGGCAUGCCUUGAAGCUAACAGAGAUCCUAUAGUGAAAAUUCUUGGCCCUGAAUAUGGGACUGUGGAAGGAGAAGAUAUGUCCAUAUUGCAUUUACUUGACAAAGUGAAAAAAGAUGAUGACCCUGAAACAGAGCUUAAAAUGAAAAUCUUUAUCCUUCUUAAUCAGCUGGAUAUGCAACUGCUUAAUAGUUCUUUAAAACACAUUUCACAAGAGGUAAGACUAAAUCCAGCUGCUGUAAAUAAUGAGGUGAAUCUUCUCAAGCAUUUCUCUGGGAAAGGAGAAGAUACGGUUCUGGAAUCACUGGAAUAUACAUCAGAUUACACAUUCUCUAAUGGAUGCCGAGCUCCUCCCUGGAGACAAAUGCAUGGAGAAAUUUGUUAUUUAAUCAUCAAACCACAUGACACUGAUCCUUUGUAUAUCACUUGCAGCACAUCAGGAGUGUUCUUAAAUGGAGGUAAGCUAAAGGAGAAAGAUGAUAUUGACUAUGAAAGAAAAAGUGACAUAUAUAAAGAUAUUGUCACAUUUUUAAGGGAAAGAUCACCUAGAUUUGUAGAAAAUAUGUCUAAACAGGAAUAUAGCUUUUUUAAAGAACCAGCGUCUGAAAAGUAUUAUCAGCAUAUGGAAAUAGUUGAUACUGAGGACUCUGGCCAAUCCCAGAAGCCUUAUGAUUAUACAGAAAAGAAUGUAUAUGAGAAGAUGAAAAGUUCUUCCGCAAAAAGCAAGUCCGUUGACAGCAAAAAAUUAGAACCAUCUCUGAAGUGGAAGAACAUCGUGCCUUCUGCUACCCACAGCAAAUAUUUUAGUGACAAAGCUACAAAAAAAGAUACUGAAGAAGAAAGGAGGAGAGGUAUUGUAUCUCAAAAAAUCAAAAAGAAAACAACUACCAUUUCUCCUGAAUCUGCUAAAAUUCAACCAGCUUCAAAAUGCAAAACAUUGGAAAAGUAUGAAGAAGUUAGUGAAAGUUCCUCAGAGACUGAGGACGAUGAAGAACAGCCUCAACGUCGCCAGGAAGGAAACACUGAUUUACCAUCAGAAUAUUGGCAAAUUCAGAAACUUGUAAAGUAUUUAAAGGGAGGUAAUCCAACAGCUACUGUAAUUGCAUUGUGUUCAAUGAAAGAUUUCAAUCUGGCUCAAGAAACUUGUCAGCUGGCCAUCCGAGAUGUCGGAGGUCUUGAAGUGUUAAUUAAUUUACUUGAUACAGAAGAAAUUAAAUGUCAGAUUGGUUCUUUAAAAAUCCUGAAGGAAAUCAGUCAGAAUUCACUGAUCAGACAUGCAAUUGCAGAUCUUGGAGGAUUACAGAUCAUGGUGAAAAUACUAGACACUCCAGAUAAAGAUCUAAAAUGUUUGGCAGCUGAAACAAUUGCAAAUGUUGCCAGGUUUAAACGAGCCCGACGGACUGUAAGGCAACAUGGAGGGAUCAAGAGAUUGGUUGGGCUGUUGGAAUGUAUUUCAGAGGGAUCAACUACUGUAACACCACACCGAGCAAAAGAUUUUGAAAUAGCACGCUGUGGGGCUUUGGCACUCUGGAGUUGCAGUAAAAGCACCAAAAAUAAAGAAGCAAUUCUUAAGGCUGGUGGCAUUCCAUUAUUGGCUAAGUGGCUCAAGUGUUCACACGUAAACAUCUUAACCCCAGUGGUGGGGACGCUACAAGAAUGCGCCUCAGAGCAAAGUUACAGAAUUGCAAUAAGGACAGAAGGAAUGAUUGAGGACCUUGUGAAAAAUCUGAGCAGUGAACAUGAGGAGCUACAGAUGCAUUGUGCAAGUGCUAUAUUUAAGUGUGCAGAAGAUAAAGAAACACGUGACCUGGUCAGACAGCAUGGAGGCCUACAACCACUGUCUGUUUUGCUUGGUAACUCUCAAAAUAAGCAACUUUUAGCAGCUGUGACAGGAGCAAUCUGGAAAUGUGCAAUCAGUGGAGAAAAUGUGUCAAAGUUUCAGGAAUAUAAAGCCAUAGAGGCUUUGGUAGGACUGCUCACUGAUCAGCCUGAGGAAGUCCUUGUCAAUGUUGUUGGAGCACUGGGAGAAUGUUGCCAAGAGCCAAUAAAUCGAACUAUUAUCCGUAAAUGUGGUGGAAUACCGCCUCUAGUGAAGCUGCUUACUGGAACUGAUCAGGCACUUCUUGUGAAUGUCACCAAAGCAGUGGGAGCUUGUGCAACGGAACCUGAAAAUAUGAUGAUAAUUGACCGUCUAGAUGGAGUUCGUUUGUUAUGGUCAUUGCUGAAAAAUCCUAAUCCAGAUGUUCAAGCAAGUGCAGCUUGGGCUAUCUGCCCUUGCAUUGAAAAUGCUAAGGAUGCUGGGGAAAUGGUUCGGUCCUUUGUUGGUGGCUUGGAACUGAUAGUCAAUUUGCUAAAAUCUAAGAAUAAAGAAGUCCUGGCAAGUGUUUGUGCAGCCAUUACAAAUAUAGCAAAAGAUGAAGAAAAUUUAGCUGUUAUAACAGACCAUGGAGUCGUCCCUCUCUUGUCAAAACUAGCAAACACAAACAAUGACAAAUUAAGACGUCACUUAGCGGAGGCCGUUUCCCACUGUUGCAUGUGGGGAAGCAAUAGAGUUACCUUCGGAGAGACGAAGGCUGUGGCUCCCUUAGUACGUUACUUGAAAUCAAAUGAUCCAUCAGUUCAUAGAGCUACCGCUCAGGCUUUAUAUCAACUUUCAGAGGAUCCCAACAACUGUAUCACCAUGCACGAAAAUGGAGUGGUGAAGCUCCUACUGGCUAUGGUAGGCUCUACAGACGAAACUCUACAGGAGGCAGCAGCUGGUUGCAUAGCAAACAUUCGCAGAUUGGCUCUGGCAACAGAAAAAGCAAAGUAUGGCUGAUGCUUUAACAGCUUUUAUCAACACACUUCUUUUACAAUACAGCUACACUUAAAUAGGUGACUACUUGCUCUAGUAUCUGUAUUUCACAGCAGAGUUUGUAAAACAUUUAUAGGAGAAUGUUUUAAUAAUAAAAAUACAUCUGUGAAACCAAAAGCAUGUUUUGUUUGCUUUUACCUUGAUGGUGUGUGUAAGAUAAUGUCAAAGGAGUUUUCCGUAUUUAAUAAGCUUGUAUCUCAGAUUAAUUUUAGAUAUAUGUGUUUUUGCAUAUCUGUGAAGUUACAAUAAAUACAUUUUCCAUUACUGCAUGUGUGUGGUUGUGCAGUAAUUUAUGAAUGUCUUGAACAAUUCCCUUCCUGCUAAACUUGUCUAAUCAUCCUGUCACUAUGGUUUUUUGCCUGUUUGAUCACUUGCAAUUCACAGGAGAGGACAAAAUACAGAGACAUCAAUCUCACAUCUGGUGUUAUAUAAGGUCUGCGAACAGCUGUAGCAGUAGGCAUCAUUCCAAAUUUCCUGCUACCACCAGCAUCAAACAAAAUAGUGCUAAUUGUGUAAGUAGCUGGUGAAAUACGUGUCUUAAUUAACAUACGCAUUUA